CAAAAACAGAAUAUUCCAGCUUAGCUGCUGUAGGUUUUGAGAAUAAAAAUAUUAUUCAACAAUUAAUUGCUGAUAUAGUAUUUUUUCUAAUAUUUCUUCGUAUAGAAAAACUUAACAUGGUCAUAUUAAGUAUUAGAGAUCCAGAUAAAAAUAGAUUUUAUAGUUUCAGUACUGGAUUUGUUUCUUCAUUUAUAACACAUUAUUGUG